AUGGGCAAAUCUAUCAACGCAAAGGCAUCCUCGGCGAUGACAAAAAAGUCGGGCGUGUCUAAGAUGAAAACGUCCUCUGGGGCUAAAAAGGCCGUCAAAAAACGAGUGGAAAUUGACCUACAACAGCCUAAAGACAGGGAUCCCAUCGAUUCCAAGAUGGUGUCUGAAACCCAAACUGACGAGACGCGUGUUAUCGACGACAAUGAAGCGCAACGCAUGGCUGAUGAGAUUGAGGCGAAACGAAUCGCCGAACGAGAAGCUCGCAGGAGUGGACAUUACGACAGCAUUGCUCCAAACCUGUCUGAGUGGUGGAUGAAGAAUUUAUAUUCAGGAGAUGCUGUCGACGAAGCAUUGGAACGUCAUGACCGUAUCCAUACGGGUAACGCGCUUUUUAUGGCAUAG